AUUUCACAAAUCUUACUAUUAUUCCCAUCUUCACUCCUCCAACAUCUGCAACCACAAAACAUGGAUCUUCUCGACGAGCUCGAGAACCUCGCUGGCCUGGCCCACAUGGCCAACCAGGCCGAAAACAACACAGACAACCAGGCGUACGACCUGAGCAUUCAACGACUUGAGAACCUCUUCCAACCAUCCUCGUAUGUUCAGGGCAUCCCUCAGAGCACCAGCCCACAACCUCCCACCAAACCCACCACACCCCAAUACCCAAACCACGCCUCCAAAACCAGCUACCUCGUCAAACUCGAAGGUCCCUUGCGCACCGCAUCGCAAAUCCAACACCUCACUGGACUCCUCCACCCACCACCCACACACCAAGGCGUCGGCGAAACGGGCCAAACCGCCCACUUCUGCCUCAUCAACGGCAUCACCAAGAACUCGCUUAUCUCGGCACUCUCUCACUCCGAGCAAGGAAAGGCAUUCAAGCCGACUCUCAUCCGCAUCAACCGCGCUCAGAAGGAUCUCUCGUCCUGCAGCGCCGCACCAACCCUGGGCUUGGACAUAGACCCGACCCGGCCCCAGUUCCGCGCACCUGCACCCAACCAUACCUAUCUCCCCACGCAGACACAGCACCCCGUCUGGUACUUUUUCUACGGCACGCUUGCUGACCCCGGGACCUUGAGGCUGAAGCUUUCCUUGUCUGAGCAGCCGGUUCUCUCGCGGGCUGUUGUUCGCGGCGGAGUGAUUAGAAUGUGGGGAGGGAAGUAUAAGGCUCUUAUUGACGGGGCUGAGUCGGCGGUGGUUGAGGGCUGGGCGUAUGAAAUCAUGUCAGAAGAGGAGGAAGAUCAGCUGCGGUAUUAUGAGACGGAUCAGUACGAAGUUGUGAGGUGCGAGAUCGACAUGAUGAACUGGGAAGGGGGGAGAAUCAAGGGACUUACGUUUCGGUUUUGCGGGGAUGGGGUUGAUUGAUGGACUGAUUGAUUGGUACGAGGAUUGGAUGGGGUUUAAAGUCCUG